AAGGGUUCUCCAUUGACAUCUUCUUUCUCUGUUGUAGGUUAGGGUGUUAUGCGAGAAGGCUAAGGAGAUUCUAAUGGAAGAAAGCAAUGUGCAGCCUGUGAAAAGCCCUGUAACAAUCUGUGGUGAUAUUCAUGGGCAAUUCCAUGAUCUUGCAGAGCUUUUUCGAAUUGGAGGGAAGUGUCCAGAUACAAAUUAUUUGUUUAUGGGAGAUUAUGUUGAUCGUGGCUAUUAUUCAGUUGAAACUGUAACGCUUCUGGUGGCCCUGAAAGUGCGCUAUCCCCAGCGAAUUACUAUUUUAAGAGGAAAUCAUGAGAGCCGGCAGAUCACUCAGGUUUAUGGGUUUUACGACGAAUGCCUACGAAAAUAUGGUAAUGCCAACGUGUGGAAGAUCUUUACAGAUUUGUUCGACUAUUUUCCUCUUACAGCAUUGGUUGAAUCUGAAAUAUUUUGUCUCCAUGGUGGAUUGUCUCCCUCCAUUGAAACCCUUGAUAACAUACGCAACUUUGACCGUGUUCAAGAAGUCCCUCAUGAGGGUCCAAUGUGUGAUCUUUUGUGGUCCGACCCUGAUGAUCGUUGUGGUUGGGGUAUCUCACCCAGGGGUGCUGGAUAUACUUUUGGCCAAGACAUAUCUGAGCAGUUUAACCACACCAAUAACUUGAAACUAAUUGCCAGAGCACACCAACUGGUUAUGGAAGGAUUUAACUGGGGACAUGAGCAAAAGGUAGUCACUAUAUUUAGUGCUCCUAAUUAUUGUUAUCGCUGCGGCAACAUGGCAUCCAUCCUGGAAGUUGAUGAUUGCAAAGACCACACUUUUAUUCAGAGCAGAGCUUGAAAUGAUAUGUCCAUUGUUGGUUGCAGUUUGAGCCAGCUCCCAGGAGGGGAGAGCCUGAUGUAACACGGAGAACACCAGAUUACUUCCUAUAAUACUUGAAUUAUUAUUGCUCAAUUCAACUGGCGAGCGUUUGAUGGCUGGUUUGUUUCUGUGUUGGGAUGGGAGCUAGUUUUCGAAAAUUUUAGAGUUAUAUAAUUUUGCGCGAUGGUAGUGGUAGUAGGGUAGCAGAAAGAAUGUAUAAUCCGCAGAUACGGCUUCCUUUGAUUCAGUUAUUGAAAUUCUUGCAGUAAAGAGGCUACAAAGCUGGUAACAUCAGCAGCAUAUGUACCGUUUCAAGCAGACAAUGUCCCCCUGUCCGUCGCCCCCCCCCCCCCCCCCCCUCCUCUCUCUCUACACUUCGUUUUUGUACCUUCUUGACGAAGAAUGGUACUCAGGGGCCGGGAGCUGUAGAUGAAAGGAGUGUUAUUUAUUUCUUUUUCUUUUUUUUAGUCGCUAUCCUAUUCUUCGAAUCAACUAUUUUCUAAUUGGUGCUUUGAUUUAGCCGCAUACUCUCUCCACAUACCUGGAUGUAAAAUAGUUUUGCUUAUGCUGUGUUUGGAUUUCAGAUUCAUCAAGGGAAAAUGUGAACAGAGUUACUUAAUACUCA